AUGGAGAAGUCACAACAAACACUGGACAUCGGAACUCCUUGUGAUAAAUGUCAUUUGGUCGACUUUUUACCCUACAAUUGUCAUUACUGCCAUAAACCAUUUUGUAAGAGGUGUAUCACACAACACGACUGCAAAGCCGAGCAGGAAGAGCUAACAAAAUUCCACCAAACAAGUGGACCCAUUACAAAGGUCAAUACAAACGAGUGCGCAUUUUGCCACAAGAAAGGCCCCGUCAAGAUUGAGUGUCCUGACUGCCACCGAUCGUUUUGUGUUGAACACCGAAAUCAACUCUCACAUAAGUGCACCUCUCUGGUCUCCACAAUCAAACACCCCAAGCCUUCAUCAGCUCCACCAGUAGUUCAACCACCACAACAACGUCAAAGUGCUCCUGGUGAUGAACGAGCAAAACGGAUCCGAUUCAUCUCAAAAUUUGCAGUAGGCGUUCAAACAAUUCCAAUUGCGAAGCGACGGUAUUUAGAAGUGAUUCUUCCUUCGAGGAGCGAGGCAAUUUGGGUGAACUUCGAUUGGACAGUUUUGGAGACAAUCGACUUCAUUUGCACUCGUUUCGACUUGAAGAAUGGUCACAAAGAAGGCCUUCAUUCACCAAACAUCAUCAACGAGAAUGGCGAUAUUAUGGCUUUAACUGAUACUAUGAAGACGGUGAAGACGUACUCUUCUAUAAUUUUACUCUUCGACUAA